AUGGCCCAGGUUGCUUCAGGCUCAUCAUGGCAGUCCAAUACCCUUAGGCCAUAUCUUGCUGCAGUGCGCUCGACGCUCACCGCCGCUCUCACACUCGAGAACUUCUCAUCUCAGGUGGUCGAGCGCCACAACAAGCCUGAGGUUGAGGUCCAGGCUUCGCUGGAGGUCCUGUUGAACCCGCUCACGAUUGCGCGUAACGAGAACGAGCGCGUACUCAUCGAACCAUCCGUCAACUCGAUUCGUCUGAGCAUCAAGAUCAAACAAGCUGACGAGAUCGAGCGUAUUCUAUGCCAUAAAUUCACCCGCUUCAUGAUGCAGCGCGCCGAGAACUUCAUCGUCUUGAGGCGUAAGCCUGUACCUGGAUAUGACAUCUCCUUCCUCAUCACUAACUUCCAUACCGAAUCCAUGUUGAAACACAAGAUUGUAGACUUCAUCAUCCAGUUUAUGGAGGACGUCGACAGAGAGAUCAGCGAGAUGAAGCUCAGCUUGAACGCACGUGCCCGUACCGUUGCAGAGUCGUACCUCACGGCCUUCACUGCAUGA